AAAUUAUUCAAAGGGGGCCAAAAAUUCUGACUUCAACUUCAUACUUAUGAAUGUGGAUAAGCUAUUAGUCUUAAUAGCAAUUUAUGUCAUAAAAAAUAUGAAGGCUCAUCUAUGAUAUAUUAAUGCACACUCAUCAAUAAUCUUAAGCAUGCUCUGACUAUCUCCUUUCAAGACGUCAUUGUCAAAGAAGAGGAAUUUCCCCUGCAGGAUAUAUAAAUGUGAACAUGAUGGGGCUUUGUUACUACUGGAGUCUGGUGAUUGUGCUCCUCUGCUUUUUGAUUGGUGUUGCUAUAAUGAACUUCCAGGGUAAGCCCUAGUAUUUUUAUUUAGCUAUUUAAAAUUGUGAUUUUUCUACACUUCAACAAUCUUUUCUUGUUUUACUAUUCAGUUAUUUUAUUAUAUGUAUUAUGUGAUCAUUAUUAUUAUUUGAUGCCUAUAAAGUAAUCUAAUUAACAAUAAAAUGUAACCUACAAUAUAAGGUUACUUACUAAAAAAAUAAAGUCAAUUGGAAUCAUGUGCUUUUAUCUAAAAUCAAGAAGUCCAAGCCAUGAGUGUGAUUUGAGAUCUGCGUCACAAUGUUACGCACGUCUAAUCUCAUCUGUCUCUCUCUCUCCUCCAGCAGCUCAGUUUUUUUUCACAUUAGUGGGGAUCGUUGUGUCUGCUCCUGUUCCUCAGAAACUGGACAUCAUGAACAAGGAUACUAUUGAACAAGCACACAGUUUAAUCAGCAAAACUCUGGAAGAUAUUCCUGCAACUCAUGCAGCAUGGGUAAAGAGCAAGAGUCUGGCUUGGGGCAGCAGCACAGAUAAGCUGCAGCACUUGAAACAUUACAUACCCUCAGCCCCUGUUCUCCAGAACAUCACUGAUAUCAGCAGUCUGGAAACCUGUCUUGAUAAAAUAGUGAGGGGCCUGCAACUACAUCUGAACCUCCUGAAAGAUCUCAUUGAAGCAACGACCCUGUCGCAGACUGACCAGGUGACAGAACUGCAGGCUGACAUUCAAGAACUUGUGCUUCUUAUCGAGGAGCUUCAGAAUCAGUCAGGAUUUAACCCAUCACAGCAGACAUCAGAAGAGCAGUCCCAGAGCUUCAAGCUCAAUCUGACCCAACACCUGAAAAGUGAUUUCCAGACUGAGGCCGCGGCUCACCUAAUCCUGCAUCAACUGCGGGACUUCAGCUGUGACAUCCUUCAGAGGAUCCUCAGUAUUCGUGUAUGACCACUGACAUAUCCAUCACAGAGACCCCUAGUACAGUGCGGCUCUGUGUAAAUGUCGCUGUCUGUGUAAAUGUCGUGUAUGAGCUGUCUAGUCUGUUAAGCCCAAAGUAUGCUUCAGUUUUCACCCAGAGUUGAAUGUACAUAUUCAGAAAUUACUUUCUUUUUCUGUUUAAAAUCUAUUUCUCUAUGGAGAACAUGUAUUCGUACUCUAUAGAGUAUGCAUAGUUAGAAAAACAAACGAAGAAAAUCAACUGAAGCAUUCUUUGGGCUUGACAGUGACGAGAUGCAACAUGCUGAAGCGACAACCAAAGAGUAAUAGCAAUGAAACAUUUUGGCAAAGGGGAUUAAUUAGUUGCUGGACAAUUGUACUUCCAUUAUUUGUAUUUUUUUGUAUUUAUUAACUGGUUAUUUAUUCAGGAUUUAUUUAUUUAACUUAUUUAUGAUCAUAUUAUUUAUUCUUGAGCUCCUUUAAACUGCAGCAGAAUGAAGUCAGGCCAUGCUUUUCCAAAUGACUUAUAGUACCAUCAAAUAAGCUAUGCAUGUGAUGAUUUCUACUGAUUUCAUUUGAUUUUGUUAAUUGACAUGGCUCUUUUAAAGACGUAUACACACCCUGGACCACAAUUUGUCCGUAAAUUGAGAUCACCAGAACCUGAAUUGGCUGAGAUAUUCAACUAUUUGAAAAUCUGGAAUCUGAUGAUACAACAAAAAGAAAACACUGAGAUAAUCACCUUUAAACCAUGUAAACGAAGUACUUCUCAAUGUACAUUUCAGACCCAAAACUGAUAUGUUUACAAUAGGAAGUUUACACAGUAUCUUUGAUAGAUGAUUUUAAUAGCAUCACAGUCGCGUAGUGGGUAGCAUGAUCACAGCAAAAAGGUCGCUGGUUCGAGCCUCAGCUGGGUCUGUGCAAUUCUGCAUGGAGUUUGUUCAAGUGGGUUUCCUCUGGGUUCUCUGG